AUGUCGAACCCACUACAUAUCAUGCUACCAUUGAGACUAAAUGAACGUGAUCGCGACAGGAACCGCCAUAGAAAACACCGAACCUCCUCUUCCUCUUCGUCCCAACCCACACAUCGUCAUCGCAAACACCGUUCGUCCUACGGUUCCACCCGUUCGUCAACCAGGGAUCCAGAACGGGAAUAUUCCACAGCUCAGUCCUCCACACCGUCCACUUCUCCCACCAGUUCACGCAGAUUCUCGAUGCCGGCCGUCGACAAUCCAGCGGCCUCGUUUCUCGAGUCGAGAACGAGUGUGCCGUACCCGAACUUCUCCAAAGCCCAUAGCAAGGAAUUCGUUGGAGGUCCGGACCCUCCUACGCCCGAUCCGACCGAUUUGACAGAGACGCCGCAGAAGGAGGAUCGCCAUCACACGGAGAACGGCAACAGCAAUAACAAUCAUCAUCAUGCACCUCCCAGCCCUCCGUUGACAGGCCUGGAUCAGCAAUCGCGGAAAGGGAGCUCCGUGGGCGACAAACAGGAGAAGAAAGAGGAGAGCACAGAAAGACCCAAGGCCAAGAUCCGCAUCCGAACCGGGUCGAAUCGAUCGUCGUCAAGCCUGCGCUCAAAGGAAGAAGAGGGCAGACCAACCAGAACGAUGCGACCGGAGACCCCGAAAUCUAAGAUGUCCAGCAGUUAUGAAAGAGAUAUGCCUUCUAGGACAGCCAGCCAUAAACCAUCCAGAUCUAAGGUUACGGAGGAAACUACGUUGCCCAAGCGAGCGUCUACUCAUAGGGAUGUUAGGUCUCCGCCUCGAUCGCCAGCGGCAGCUGGGUCCGCCAACGGCUCAGAUGCUACCAUCGGGCCGCAGUAUAGAUCCAGCGGUUCUCGGAGAGUGAAGACGCCAGACAAGCCACCGUCUCGGACUCAGAAUCGGUCGUCGACGUCGUCACCCUACCACCACCGUCAUCACAACAGUUCAGGCUACCGCACCCCGGCCGAUGCUGCGUACGACCAUGGACGACCUCCUACCACUAAUUCCGGCUUUGGUGCUCCUCCCCCACCUCCCCCGCCGCCGGAGAUGCCUGCAUCCAUUCCGAGAGUGGACUAUCUGCUUCAGAACGGUGGAUUGGAUCGUCACACUCACAAAACCCUCCUACUGGGAUCGCACUACCGGGAUAUCGCACCCCCUCCAUCGUACCAACCGCAUAUCGCAGCACGCAGGAUUUUUGAGCCAUUUGGCAGCCUCUUGGAUGAGUACCAGAAUGUCAUGACAAAGAAUGGAUCGCUUGCUGUGGCGACUGGAUAUCGAUCGGUCGCUCGUCGCUUGCUAGACCGUCUGGAGGCCGUCUUUGCCCGUGAUAUUUCGUGUGAAUCGUGCAAUUGCUUGAUGUGUGAAAACGAAGAUAUAACAGAGCCCCAUCCGGGCGUCAGUUGGGGAGAAGUUUUGGAGCUGGUCUCGGGCCGCAAGGAGCUCCCUACGUGGCCACCAUUUAUGAUGGCGCCGUCUGUCGUCGAUGCUGGAGCCUCAGGCGAAGAGCAUAUUCCCAUGCAGAAGAUGGACAUUGACAUUCCGGAGGAAUAUCGUGAGCACUACGUUCGGCAGUCUCGCAAGACCAAGCUCGCCGUCGACAAGUGGCUCGGUGAGCAGGCAGGACAAGCUACCAGCGCACCGGAUGCCGUGGACGAUGAUACAUUGACGUUUGCUAUGCUGACGCACCUGGGAUCUGAGCAGCGUCAGCUCUUCUGUUCACUCCUGGGCAUUUCGUCUAUCUCGCCGGCUCCCAGUGCUGUUGGCGGACCAUCUCGCUCGCGCCCGCACGCCCUGGUCUCAUCUGCGUCUGCUAUUCAGCGACUAUAUCGACUUUCAUCUCUUCCGCGUGACCCUGAGACGGCCAUCUAUAUGCUCAACAACCCAGGCAUUCACCACGUUUUGGCAACGCUAUCCGCUAUCAGUGACGAUGAAUGGGACAUUCUGAUUUCUGGUCGUUUUGAUGGCUUCCUCCGGAGCGGCGCAGAAGAUGCGAUCCCGCCAGUCUCAGGCUCUACCCCACGUUGGGGAAGUCGCUCAAACACGCCCUUCAGUGCGUCUCGGGGACCGACUCCUGGUAUGGACAGAGCAGCCAGUCAGCCGCACAGCAUGACCUCUAACCCUGCAUUGUCCGGCGGACCCAUCACUAUAGACGAGGAGAUGGAAAUUGCUGCCUUGGCUGAGGUGGAACGUGAAAUCUAUCUUGGAAUGGAAGCUCUCGAAGAUGCGUUUGAAGCCCUGCACUGCAAGGCGGAGACAGUUCGACAAACGCUACGGGAACGAGGAGCUGGUCUGUCUGUCGCCAACCAAAACCGUCGUGGAUCCUACGUCGAAGCUCGCAUGGGCACGCCUUCCGCAGUGGGCAACGGAUUCGAUAGCGGACCGGAGGAUGAAUUCCUGGACGAUGGCAUCUCGCUUGCACCGGAUGAUUCAGCAAGUAACAUCAGUUCGAACCGACGACGCCGGCCCAAGCGCCGUACCGAGCGACGUACUCCUGCCCCUGUCGAGGAAGAAGACGAGGGUGAAGAGGAGCCGCACAUAAGUCGGCGAGAUCGAGAACGUGGAUCGCGGAGGAGAUGA